AUGAAGUCGGACCUGGGCGGGUGUGCUUAUGUUGUCACGGCGCACAAGCAAAGUGCUGUCACCCACUCUGUUGUCGGCCAAUUCACAAGCCCUGACGAUCUCAAUCUUAUUGUUACAAAGUCGUCGCGCGUCGAAGUCAACCUUUCCACCGAUGUCGGUCUCAAGCCAAUAACCGAGUUCAACGUCUACGGCAAAAUCGCAGUCAUCGAAGUCUUCCGCUACAAGAACGAAAAGAAAGACUGCAUCUUUAUUUUGACAGAGAGCUGCUACGCCUGCAUUCUCGAAUACGUCGACGGCAAGAUCAUCACUAGAGCCUAUGGUGAUAUGCGCGACAAGAAUUACUCGGUCAGCCAGAGCGGAAUGCACGCUUGUAUCGACCCCGAAGCUCGCUGCAUCGCUCUUCGAUUAUACGACGGUGUUUUAAAAGUGAUCAACCUCAACUCAUCGUCCAAGCAUCUAACUACGGCUGAGCAACGAAUCGAAGAGAUUCAAGUCGUCGACAUGUGCUUUCUUCACACUGCCAACAAACCUACGCUAGCACUGCUGUACGACGACAAUAGUAGCCGACACUUGUCAACAAUAGCGAUCACCUUGGACAACAGCGGCUCGGGCGCGUCAAUCCACAAAGGUCCUUUCCGACACACACAAGUGGAACAGGACACUAUUCUACUCGUUCCUGUUCCCGAACCGCUCGCUGGUAUUCUUCUUGUUGGCCACGUGAACAUAACCUAUCACGACAGCAAGAAUCGCUCUACUUGUAGCAUCGAAAACAUUGUCCAGCGUACCAUCGAGUGCGUUACCCCAAUCGACAAGCACCGGUAUCUCUGCGGCGACAGCUGCGGUGAACUUUCCCUUCUUCUUCUUGACUACAAUGAAACUCGAAUUCCAGAAGAACGAAUGCGCCUUGCUACGAAGCCGCUUGGACGCGCCACGCUUCCAAAUACUCUCUCGUACAUAGACAACGGCGUUGUUUUCGUUGGAUCCACAUUUGGCGACUCAGAGCUCAUUCGAUUGCAGAUGAGUGAUGACAACUCCGGACGGCACUUUAUUUCCCUCCACCAGUACGACAAUCUUGGACCGAUCAAAGACAUGUGCAUUGUCGACUUCGAGAAACAGGGACAAGGUCAACUCGUCACCGCUUCUGGAGUGGGAAUGGGUGGCUCUCUACGAAUCAUCCGCAACGGAGUCGGGAUCCACGAAUACGCCUCUAUUGAUUUGGACGGUGUCAAAGGUCUCUGGGCUCUAAAGUACUUGUCUUCUUCUUCUAAGCAAGACUCCCUUUUGCUCUCUUUCGUCGGUCAAACAAUUUUCUUGAGACUCGAAGGUCAAGAAGUUGCAGAAAUCGAAGAUCUACCCGGUUUCACGAACGAAGAGCAAACGAUGUAUGCUGGAAACGUUACCGACAAUCAAUUUCUGCAGAUUACCGAAAAACAGGUGCGUCUCGUCUCGGAAGAAAGCCUCAAAGGCACCUGGGAGCCAGAUGAGAAUUCACAGAUCAACUUGUGCAGUGUCAAUAAAAACCAGGUCAUUCUUGGCGUUGGAAACACAGCAGUUUACUUGGAAAUAAACGAUUGCGAAAUCGUUGAGAAGAGUAGAAAGGUUUUCAACAGCGAAGUUGCCUGCAUUGACGUCAGCCCGUUGAAGGAUAACACAGCAAGUGAUAUCUUCACAAUUGGUUUGUGGGACGUAUCUGUAUCUAUAAACAAGCUGCCUCUUAUGGAAGAAAUCGCUAAAAUGGAACUUGGUGGAGACAUCAUUCCAAGAUCAGUUCUUUUGAAUUCGUUCGGAGAAAACAAGACCCCAUACUUAUUGGUGUCGAUUGGUGAUGGCGCGCUGUUCUACAUCAAGCUCAAAGACGACAAUACAUUCUCAACAAAGAAGCGAAUUCAACUGGGAACACAGCCGACGAGCUUGAACAAGUUCCACACAUCGAACGGAUCUACUGUCUUCGCUUGCUCCGAUCGUCCAGCAGUCAUUCACUCUUCGAAUGAGAAACUGUUUUUCUCAAAUGUAAACUUGAAGCAAGUGAAUCACAUGUGCGUCCUCGACUCAGAAGGCUACUCGAAUGCUCUUGCGAUUGUAAACGAGAACGCGUUACUAAUCGGCAAAAUCGACGACAUUCAGAAGUUGCACACAUCGACUGUCCGACUGAACGAGACGCCUCACGCUGUUCUCCAUUACGAGGAGCGCCAAGUCUUCGCCUACUUAGGCGAGUUCAACGAAGAUGAGCUCAAAGAAGUUACCGGCCCCGAUCAGGAGAGGAAUAAGAAGCUCUUCACUCCCCUUUCCCUCCAAUGUCCGUACAAAAGUGGACUCACCGAAAGAGAAAACUCUCACAAUGUGCAUAAUGGAUAUACGAGCGUCAACUCGCUGGUUAUUUGUGACGAGCUCACCUUUGUGCCAAAGUGGGCGCACCUCUUCGAUGUUGGGGAGAUCAGCGUUUGCAUGUGCGUUGCGGAGCUUGGCAAAAAAGCUGAAAAGUUCAUCGUUGUCGGCACAGCCAUAACAGCCGACGAACAAGAGUGCAAAAGUGGCAGGAUUUGCGUAUUCAGCUACUCGAAAGAGGAAAAGCUAACUCUGGUUUCCUCCAAAGCAGUCACUGGUGCGAUUUACUCUGUAAAGCCGUUGAAUGGGAACAAGAUAAUUUGCGCAAUAAACCAGCAGCUUAAGGUCUUCGAAAUGAAUGAGCAAACGACGCUUCAAUCUGAGGCGCCGGUAGCUAAUCACAUAACCUGCGUUGCUGUAGACGUGUCAAAGAAUGGAUUCAUUCUAUCCGCAGACCUUAUGAGGUCGAUUUCGGUUUUCUCAUACAAGCCACUUGAGGGUGCACUGGAGGAAAUUGCUCGAGACUACCAUCCUAAUUGGAUGACGUGCAUCAAAAUUAUGGACGAUGAUACUUAUAUUGGUGCUGAAAACUCAGAGAAUAUUUUCAUCUGCGCCAGGAACGCGGACGCGCCAGAUGAAGAGGACAGGCAGCAACUUCUUCCGAUUGGAUAUUAUCACGUUGGAGAGCACGUCAAUACAAUUGUGGAGGGUAAUCUAGUUAUGGACGUUCACGUUGAGUCAUCCAUAACUCCGAAGAGAACCUUUCUCAUGGGGAGCGUCUCUGGCUACGUUGGUCUUCUUGUCAUUUUUCCCGAAAAGCAGUGGCAGUUUUUGUCGAAGUUGGAAACGAAGAUGCGCAAAGUCAUCCGAGGAGUCGGCAAAAUCGAUCAUGAGUCUUGGCGGAGCUUUGAAAGCGACUCGAGAAUGGAAGACUGCAAAGGCUUCGUCGAUGGCGACCUUGUCGAGAUGUUUCAGGACCUCCGCCCAGAAAAGCAAAAAGAAGUCAUCACCGAUCUUACUAUGGAUGGCGCACCUGUUACACUUGACGACGUCGUUAGACUUGUCGACGACUUAUGUAGAUUGCACUAA